UGUCCGUUCGAUGUGGUGUGAUAUGAAAAAGCGGAAUUCGAAUUUUACGAUUUUAUUUAUUUUUCUACAUUGUAAUACACCUGUUUAUAAUUUUAUUGUUUUGAUCAGUUGAUUAAUUAUUAAAUCGUGGAUAAAUUAGUGAAAUUUGUGUGUUGAUUAAAUAAAUCGGUGAUGUUAAACGUGCACCCUGGAUGGAUCGAUAUUUUCUAGAUUGAGUAUAAAAUUUAGCAGUAAUAUUAUAAGUGGCUGAAGAUGGAGAAGUCGGCUAGACCACGAACGGCUCUGAAUGAGUGUGUUAAGGUGGUUGUCCGAUGCCGACCUCUGUCUGAAAGGGAAAAGAACGAGAGUUAUGAAGAGGGGAAGAAACGAGUAAAACACGAAGAAAAGGCCUGGUACGAUCGUCUAUCGACAAAAGCUGUGAACAAAUUUGAUGGCAAAUUACAGGUUGUAAAGGUGUGGCCGGAACGUGGAGCAGUGCAAGUCGACAAUCCAAAAGGCCAGGAUAAGCUGUUCACCUACGAUGCAGCGUACGACUGCACAGCCGAUACCAAGACUAUUUACGAUGAAAUGGUCAGACCCCUCGUCGCGUCAGUUCUGGAUGGCUUCAACGGUUGCGUCUUCGCUUAUGGCCAAACUGGUACCGGCAAGACUCACACAAUGGAAGGAACUGCUGACGAUGAAGGCAUAAUACCACGAACGUUUAGACAUAUGUGGGCUCAUAUAGAGAACACUGCCAGUCCGGAUGUGACCCAUCUAGUGUCGUGUUCAUAUGUCGAGUUGUAUCUGGAAGAUGUAAGGGAUCUUCUGUCCAAGGAUUGUAAGAAGCUCACCAUACGAGGGCAGGAACUUAACGGCUUCUACAUACCGGAGAUGACGUCAAUAGUUUGCAAAUCUGCCGCUGAAAUGGUGAGGCUGAUGAGGGCUGGGAACAAGAACAGGGCAUCUGGGAGGACCGAUAUGAAUGAGCACUCUUCUAGAAGUCACGCUGUGUUCCUGGUAACUGUGGAGACGGCGCAUCGCUCCACUGAUAGAAUACGAGUUGGUAAACUCAACCUGGUGGAUCUGGCUGGUAGCGAGCGUCAACGCAAGACUGGCGCAUCGGCUGAUCGUCUCCGGGAGGCGGCUAGAAUCAACCAAGCCCUAUCAUCUUUGGGGAAUGUCAUAUCCGCCCUUGCUGAGAAUAGCCCACAUGUGCCUUAUAGGGAUUCGAAGCUAACUCGAAUCCUGCAAGAUUCUCUCGGUGGGAAUAGUAAGACGAUUAUGAUAGCCAAUAUUGGUCCAGCAUCAUACAACUACGAUGAGACUGUUACUACCCUAAGAUACGCCCAUAGAGCUAAAGCCAUCAAGAACAAACCAGUCCGCAAUGAAGAUCCGAAAGAUGCCAAACUACGGGAAUAUCAGGCGGAAAUCGAAAGACUUCGGUCACUCAUCGAACAGCGAAAAGCGAUUGAAAAGCGGAAAAAACCACCGCGAAUUCGCACGAAGACCACACCACAAGACUCUGAAGAAGAAACAGCGAGUUUGAAGAGCGAGCACAUUCUAGCAGAAUCAACAAUAGAACAAGAGAAGACCAAAACGGAAGAACUGGAGCAUCAAAUCCAGGCCUUAGAAGACCGAUUGGUCCAGGGUGGUGGCGGGAAAGACCUCCUCAACAAUUUGAAUGAAAGCCAAGUUAUCCUCCAACAGAGGCACAUGGAGAUAACGGAGAGGAAAAAGAGAGAGAUAGAGAUGCAGCAAAAGAUAGAUUUGGAGGAGGAGACGACGGCGAUAGUUACGAAUACCUUUACCACGCUUCAACAGGAGGUUGAUCAUAAAACCCAGAGAUUAAAGCGGUGCCUCGCGAAAUACGCCUCGUUACGCGAAGAAAUGGUGGAGCAAAGAGAAGCACACGACUCCGAGAGACGCGAGCAGGAGGCUCUGCAGGCGGCGUUGAUAGCGGAGUUGCGUCGCCGGCUUUUGUUGGCCGACAGCUUCGUCCCGGACGCGGGAAGGCCCACCGUCAUGAGGCUUAGGUAUAAUGAUGAUGCUGAUGGCUGGGAGCUGCCUCAAAGCGGUGCCGAGCCCCUAUCAGUCCGUCCAGUGGCGACCCCAGGUGCGAGAAGACCCCACUCAGCGACCGACACCAAUACCCCAACACGUCGUUCUGAGAAUUUGCUGGACUUACGGCCCAUACCCCUGCCAUCCACAGUGCGGAACUACCCCCCGCAGAGGCCCCAGACCACCAUCACCAAGGUGCCUUUUAAUAAGGUACCCAUGAAUAAGUCAGUGGAAGUUCCAGUUAAAAAGGAAGUACCGGAAACACGUCGCGUCAGCGGAAAGCCUAGACCACCAUCCGCAUUACAUAGACUUGGUACCGCUGGUGUGCGGUAGACCCUUAUACAUAAGCCUUAACAAUAGACUUAUCUGCUUAUACGAGCUAUACUUGUAUCACUCGUCUCUUUCUCUCAAAUGGUCUUUAUACUGUGAUAAAAAGAGACGGUGACUAUUCCAAUAGAAUUUAGAGGAAAGAAGUUAUUUUCAAAGUCAACAAAAAAAAGAAAAAUAAUGCGAAAAAAUCUGUAUAUUUAAUAAUUAAAUUAAUAUUAGAUAAUAGUACCUAUAUAACAUAAUUUAUUAAUUAUAAUAUGAUUAUGAUUACCGAUUUUUGAAAAUCGGUUAUCUAAUACAACACUAUGCAUCCAUAGAGGUUGUCGAUGGUCACUUUCGUAAUUACGUUUAUCGGUUUUUUGAAAUUCGAAUUUCAAAAUACUGUUUGUAAAUGUCUUCUCAUGUUUAUUUGCAUUUGUAGAAUGAUUGCCUUUUUCUAAAUUCUAUUGAAUAGGCCGUGUAAUAAGAGUAUUUUGCAAUUGUCAAUAUUUAUAUAGAAUUAUUAUUUAUGUAUAAUUAAUUCUGUUUUAAUACAAAAAUCUAAACAAUGCAAUUAAAUUAUGAUUGCUAAAACAUUUAUUUCUGUAAUUUUUUUUUUGGCAAUAAACUGUAUGCCUGUUUCAAGUAAAAUUCUUUAGAUUUAUAACGAUUAAAAAUAUUGACAAUUGCAAUUUAAUAUUCUGGGUGUUGUCAAAAAUGUCAAACUUAUUUGGUGGAACACAGAGACGUGUCCUAAAGUUUUAUAAGCGGUUUUAGUUAAUUCUAUAAAUUUCUCAUAUAACAAUUUGUGAGCGAAAAAUUAAUUUUUCAUACAUAUGAUAAAUUUAUUUUACGUCGACUGUAUGAUACCGUUCCGAUAACUUUAUGGAAAUCAAAACAGGGUUGCCGUCUAGAAUAAGUUUAAUUGUCUUUUGUGACAAUCACAAUAUACAUUUAAAACUAAGACACACAAAUUUUGCGAACUAAUCUAUUGUAUAAUAUAAGAAAUCUGAGGCAAUUUUUGAGUUCUUAACAUCAACAGAAAUAUUAGCACCUUUAUUUAUCAUUUAUUUUCUAUGAAGUUAUACAGAUAAUAAAAAUAAAUAGUUAUCUAAUACAACACUAUGUAGCCAUAGACUUUGUCUAUGGUCACUUUGAUGACCUCGUUUAUCGGUUUUUUGAAAUUCGAAUUCCAUAAAACUGUGUGUAAAUGUAGGUUUUUUCAUAUAUUCGUUUGCAUUUGUAGAAUCUAUCUAAAAGUCUAUAGAAGCGGUAGUGUUAUGAUUGUUUAUUAAAUAAUUGAAAAUAAUUAGUUCGCAAAAUUUUGUUACGAUUCUUUUAAAUCGGAACGACUCGCAUCUUAAAUAUCGGUUUUGUGUUUGCCGAUUUUAUACGAAAUUGUAACGAAUGCUUGGCUUUGAAGCACUGCGAUGAAUAUAUAGCUCAUGAAUGUGUCAAGUUUGACAGUGACAGAUGUCAGUUGUCAUCUUAAUGGCCACUUGAAGGUAAUAUGUCGACGGUAUGAAUUUUAUAUUAAAACAUUUUUUGUGUGAAAAAACCAUCAUGAACGUCAUAGAUUCAAAGCAAAGUGUUUCUGGAGAUUUUGUUUUAGGCCCGAACUCUAAAUUGUGUAUCGACAUUGUCACAGAUCUGUCAAAAUACUUUUCUCAAGGAGUUUUUUGAGAGGCCUUCAAGUCAAACUUGUCACUCGCUUCGCGCAUAUAUUGAUAAAAGGGGAAAGCGGGGUUCAUAUGACACUUUAGCUGAGAGAAAAUAUUUAAUAGAUGUUUUGGUCUCUCUCAGCCGCACAAAAUUGUGUUUUAAUAAAUUUAUAUAUUUUAAUUUAGUUGUGUCAUAUGCGAACGCAGGCGUCGAUGUAAAUAUUAAUAGUAUUUAAUAAAUUGUCACGAGCCAUGUGACUUAAUGAUCUCAUUCAAUUUCCAGUAUUCAUACGCAAAGUUGUUUUUAAUUAGAUGAAUUUUGUUUUUUUUAAUCACAAUAUGGAAAGGCUCAGUUUCAUACGAAUUUUGACGUUUAAGGCUAUUCAGAAAUAAGUAUCGUCAAACAUCACUCUUGACAGAUAGCCAUAGACUUUCUCUAUGGUCACUUUUAUAACCUCGUUUAUCGGUUUUUUGAAAUUCGAAUUCCAUAAAAUUGUGUGUAACUGGAUCCUCCAAAGUCAACCCGAAGCGCCAAAGACCUACGUACGCUGACAUUUGAUGUGCACAGAUUAUACAACGUGACAUCAAUUGGCUAGCUGGCUGUCAGAAUGACAUUAGCUCACGCUCUGUCACGCUCUUAACAAUCAUCUUCGUAUGGCGUUGGUGGGCAACGCCUGUGCUAACUAUGAAGCCCUAUUUCAAAAUAGCCAGACUGUCAUUUGUUUUACAGCUAACCGAAUUUCGAUAAUUAUUUAGGUUUAUUUUGUAUAAUAUUUUAUCGUUAUUGUUUUUAGUAAAUUUUAUUUAUUGCUUCGGACUUGUGUUCGUGGCGAGUGAUAUUAGUUAAUUGUAGUGUUGUUUUAAAAUUUGAAAAUUCUCUCUUAUGUCACAUGAUAGCGUUAAUAGAAAAAUGUAAUGACAUAUUUGUGUUAUUAUGUUUUUGUAUACUUUAAUAAUAACCUCGGAAAGUCCAUUGUGUAAAAUUUAAUAAUUGUGAUAGUGUCGUUCAAAUGCGUUACCAAAGAUGGAAACUGUUCAUUCCAUGCCCUAAUGUCAAUAAAUCGGUAAAUAGUGAUGUUCCUGUAAAAUAAUAUCGAUUAUUCGUUUUGUUAACGUUUCCAUAUGGUUUCUAGUCAAUGAUUCUUGUAUACAAAGUUAAUGUAAAUAAAUUAUUUAGUUAUCAAAAUAAUAGAAAUAGUGUAGUGUAGUGGCUUACGUUCGCACAAUUUUUGAUUACAAUUAAAGGCUUAUGUUUUUGUGUAAUUUUAAAAUUUACAGCAUAUGAAUGGAGCGUGAAUUUUAUUUUGUUAGCUCCUGUGGUAUAUGCUUGUGCUGUAAGGUUAAAUUAGUAUUAAAAAUUUGUGAACCGUUUUUUAAUUUUAUCAUUGGAAAAAUAAAUCAUGUGAUAUAUAUUUGGAAACCGCUAGUCAGAUGUGCCGCGUACACGCUUAUACUCACUAAUAAAAUAUUUUUAAUUCCAUA